AUGCCCGCCGUGUGGGUAUGGGACCUGGUGGUGGUCGUGGCAGAGUGUAAAAAUGAAGGGUCAGUCACGUGCCGGCCGACCACCGCUCUAAACAUGGAGGUGCAGUUGCAGAUGCAGCAAAAUUAUUUUUCCCCCAAGAUUCAAGGACAAGCCUGCCACAACUCCCGCUGUCCACAACAACAACAAUGGCUUUCCGAGGUGAUGCGCGAGGACGUGGCGGAUUCCGAGGUGGUGACAGAGGAAGAGGAUCGACGGGGUGGAUUUCAACCACAGAGCUUUGGGCCACCUGCCCAGGUGUUUGAAAUGGGCACGUUCAUGCACGCCACCGAGGGUGAAAUGGUCUGCGAGUCCGUCAACGCAAAGAUCCCCUACUUCAACGCCCCCAUCUACCUCGAGAACAAGACUACCAUCGGAAAGGUGGACGAGAUCCUAGGGCCCAUCAACCAGGUCUACUUCACCAUCAAGCCGCAAGAGGGCAUUCAAGCUGCGUCGUUCAAGAAGGGUGACAAAUUCUACAUUGGAGGGGACAAAUUAUUACCGCUGGAGAAGUUCUUGCCCAAACCCAAACCUCCGCCAGGUGCCGCGAAGGCAGAGGGCGAGGUGCACCUGGUCGGGGAGCACCCAGAGGCCGUGGCUCUUUCGGUGGCGGUGCUCGAGGUGCUCCUAGAGGUCGUGGAGGAGCACCCGGCGGACGGGGCUUUUCGAGAGGGGGUGGGUUCAGCUCAAGAGGCCGUGGCAGGUGGUGAAGCACAGCUUGACCAGAGAUCUUUCUGCCCUCUGUUUCGCAUCAGGAUCGGCGUUAGGAUGGAUACCCGUGGUUAA